UAAAAAAUCAAAUUUCAUCAUAAAUUUAGGCCAAAAUGUAUUCUGCUACAUGUGUGGCGGGCAUUCUGACACUGGGGGGAACUGUCUUGGUGCCACUGACAUUCCCAGUGAUAGCAAUACAGUGAUCAGUGCUAAUAAAAGUACUGACACUGUACUAAUUGCACUGGGCAGGAAGGGGUUAACAUGUGGGGCGAUCAAAGGGUUAACUGUGUGCUGUGCUUUACACUGUAAGCACACUGCUUUCUCCUGCACAUUGCUUUGUAUGGCUCUGCAUAGCAGA